AGAUCCGAGUUGAGAGUGAGAAGUAUCAUCAUGGACAACAAAAGAGUAAAUGUGCAUGUGCAUGAAGGGAAAUUAAUUGGCACUGUUGAAGAAGGAAUCUAUGGCGAUCUCUACUUUGCUUUCCGAGGAAUACCAUAUGCAAAACCCCCGAUUGGGGAACUUCGAUUUAAAGAUCCAGUACCACCAGAAGCAUGGUCCGAAAAUAGAGAUGCUUCUAAAUAUGGAAACGUCGCUGUUCAAUAUAACAUUUUUGAUGGUACAAUUAUAGGUGAUGAAGAUUGUCUUUAUCUUAAUGUUUAUAACACGGAUCUUGAACUAUCCCAAAAACGUGCUGUAAUGGUAUGGAUACAUGGUGGCGGAUUUUUUAUGGGAGAUGGCAACCCAAGCAUUUAUGGUCCCGAUUUUAUCAUUCGAAAAGAUGUAGUUUUAGUUACUUUGAAUUAUAGAUUAGGUGUUUUAGGUUUCCUAAAUCUCAAUGACGAAGUGGCAACAGGAAACCAAGGUUUGAAAGAUAUAGUUAUGGCACUAAAAUGGGUCCAAAAGAAUAUAGCAAAAUUUGGUGGAGAUCCGAAAAAUGUCACUAUCUUCGGUGAAAGUGCUGGUGGAGCCAUUGUACAUUAUUUGACUCUGUCUCCGUUAACUGAAGGCUUAUUUCACAAAGCAAUAGCACAUAGCGGUGUUGUUGUGAAUCCUUGGGCCUAUGAUGAUUUAAUGACCAAGGAUACAAUGUUAGGUUUUGAUCUUGUCAAGAAACUUGGAAAGAUAACUUUAGAUCCAAAAGUUGCUUAUGAAUUUCUUAAAACAGUUGACGCAAAAUUACUCAUAGAGACUGAAAAACAAUCUCUCAAGUCAAAAUCACUUAAAUCACCUAUUGUGGACUGA